AUGGCGUCGCCGUCUAGACAUGAUUAUCAGUUUGGAGGACCGUUAGGUGCACUUGCCCUCAGCACUCUGCUUCCACUUCUCCUUUAUCUGUCAUUCCUCACCUGCAACGACAAAUCGGGAUGCCCAGCUCCAGCUCUCUUGGACCUGCAUACACUUUCUUGGCAGAAAUUGCGAGCCCAAAUACCGUGGCAUGAGGACGGUAUCAAGGGCCUUGCUAACUGGAAGGUCACCUGCUGGGUGGCUGCUUAUUAUCUAUUCAGUUUGCUUCUUUAUCGAAUUCUUCCAGCCCAAAAAGUGCACGGCACAAAGCUGCGUGGGUUCGAAAGGCCCCUUGAGUACCGAUUUAACGCAUUCAGUGCAACUGUUGUGCAGCUGUUCAUUGUGAUCAUCGGCACGUGGCUUCACGGUGCAAAUUUUACUGUUUGGACAUUCAUCGAUAAUAACUAUGUGCAAAUCUUGACAGCUAACCUGAUCCUCGCCUAUGCGAUCGCUUCAUUCGUUUAUAUACGCAGUUUUGGUGUGAAACCCGGCAACAGUAAGAUGCGACAGCUUGCUCAAGGAGGUUGCACUGGUAACAUGAUAUACGAUUGGUUUAUUGGACGCGAACUCAAUCCCCGCCUCACAGUUCCUUUCAUUGGCGAAGUUGAUAUCAAGGCUGCCCUGAUGAUGCGACCUGGUUUGACUGGUUGGCUCUUGCUUGACCUUGCUUUCUUGGCAAAGCAAUACCGCCUGUACGGCUAUGUCUCUGAUAGUAUUGUUUUCACUACUAUCAUACAAAGCUAUUACGUGCUUGAAGGACAAUACGCGGAGGCCGGUAUCGUCAGUAUGAUGGAUAUCACAACCGACGGCCUUGGUUUUAUGCUUACCUUCGGUGAUAUUGUCUGGGUUCCGUUUUUGUAUUCGACUCAGUGCCGUUACCUAUCUGUCUAUCCGGUUCAUCUAGGAUGGCUACGCCUGGCCACCGUAAGUAUUGUGUUUGCUCUCGGGUUGUAUAUUUUCCGUGCAUCCAAUGCUCAAAAAAUCGCCUUCCGCACCAAUCCAGAUCACCCUCGCUUCGUGGGCCUGCCUUAUAUACAGACCAAGAAAGGUACGCGAUUGCUCGUGGGUGGAUGGUGGGGCAUGGCUCGUCAUAUCAAUUACUUUGGGGACUGGUUGCAGGCAAUUCCAUUCAGUCUGCCAACGGGCCUGGCCGGGUAUGUUAUUCUCACGGCUAACAGUGUCGUUCCAAAUACUACAAAUGCGACGCACAUGACGGAUGGCCGAGUUGUAGUUCAGGGUGAUGCUAGAGGUUGGGGCACUAUAUACACUUAUCUAUACGUUGUAUACUUUGCCGUUUUACUCAUCCACCGAGAGAGGCGGGAUAGCGCUGCAUGUGCUGAGAAGUAUGGCGAAGACUGGGAUGAGUAUAAGAGGACUGUUCCGUGGAGAAUCCUACCCGGUGUCUAUUAA